GGUUGCCCAGGCAACCAGAGCUGCAGGACCGCUGCCUUCUGGCAGUUGGAGCAGGGUGGCUGCAUCCUGGACCGGUAGUCUCCCCCCACACCCCGCUGAACCCCAGCUUUUCCAGGGCUGCAGCCUGGGGCAACUGCAGGGACCAUGGCGGUGCCCUGGGAGGAAUAUUUCCGGCUGGCCUGGCAAGAGAAACUGCGGAAGACGCAGGAGCAGAGCCUGGACCGCUUCCCGCCGGUGCUUCGGCUAUUGGAGAAGAGGCAGGAGCUGGCAGAUGUGGACCGGGGUCUGCAGGCCCAGAAGGAGGAGUUCCACACCACCAUGUCGGCCCUGCAACACCGCUGGGCACAGCUGGAGCAGAAGCAGCAGGAGCUGAAAGGGUCCUUGGUCCGCUUCGACAAGUUCCUGCAGGUGCUGGAGAUGGCGGGAAGGGACCCGCGACGCCGUCAGCCCGGGAGCGGUUCCAGGGUUGGCGGAGGCUCCCAGGCUCGGCCGGAGGCUGAGAUCCAGGCUACGUGGGCGCCGGUGCAAGAGGUCGGGCUCCAGGGCCCUGGGGCGCCUGUGAGCUGCGCGGGUAGUGCCUGCGCCUUGUCCCCGAGGGCACCUGUGCGCGCCUGGCGGACAGGUGAGAGGCAAGGAAACCGUGUUAGAAGUCGGGCGGGCGCUGUUCCCCAGGAAUCCAAGUGGAUUCAAAUCCAGAACACGGCGGCAGAGAAGACCUUGCUGCUUGGCCGCACCAGGAUGUCAGCGCUCAGCCUGUCCCAGCUAGCCCGCCAGCACCAGCGGCAGCCAUGCACCCUGGCCGUGGAGGACACCGAGGGGCAGCUGGAGCAGGUGAAGGUGUUCAUCCUGGACCUCUCUGCCACACUGGCCGGCCUGGAUGGAAGAUGUGAGGAGCCUGGCCAUAUGGCCGUGGGGCUUACGGAGAGUACACAGCAGGCACAGAAUAAAUGCAGGCCCUGGCGGCUGGGAAGAGGGGCUGCGAGGCCCACACCUCAUCUAUCCUGAUGGGGCUGAGGUGCAGGGCUCAGGGUCAGGGGACCCAGCAGGGUGUGCAGUGGGCGGGGCUGCUGCAGGGGGGCGGGGCUGCUGCAGGGGGUGGGCCCACCCUGACCUAAGAACCGAAGCAGGACAGGAGCCACAGGGACCGGGCAGGGCCCGCCCCGCCCUCGGGGAACCCGGGGAGGAGAAUGGCC